UCUAAAAUCUAAAAUGGAGGAUACCAUUGGAGAAACAAGAAGGAAAGACUUUAUGAGGAUUCCACCUAAAAAUAUUGUUAGAGAACGAGAGUCAUAUAUGAUAUCUCUACGCAAGAAGAGAAGAGCAAAGAUAUACAAAGAAAAGAGACAAAUGAUGCCAGCAAAGCAUCAAACCCAUAAAGAGAGGGAGUUUAUUAAAGAUAACAAAGUCUUUGAUAACGUUGAAGGGUUUGAAGCAACUUUUGAACACCUUAAAGAAUUUAAAGCAGGUAAUUGAAGAGACCUUGAGAACAUCCAUCUUUACUUGACUCUUCUGAGUGAAUAUACUAUUGAUUUUGUUGAAGAGAAGUAAAGAUUUUGCAGAACUUUUCCAGAAUAUUAACUACCACGAAAUGUUUGACUACUGCACAGAAGUAAUUGAUAAAAUUGAUAGACAAGAACACCAAAAUAGAUUUCAUGAUAUUCUUGACAGGAUUUUAGAUAUUUUCAUUAUUCUUUGUGAAGAAAACGAUGAUUUCCUUGAUAAAUUAUUUUAUUGUGAUGAAUUUGUUCCAAUUACCUCGCAGAUUUAUAAGUGGCUUUCUAAGUUCUGGAAUGAAAAAUUUCCCCAAAAGCUUCAAGAAAACAAAUCUGAAGAAAAUAAAUGUGAAGAAAAUAAAUCUCAUGAAACUCUUCUGAACAAAGCAAGGAGAUCUUUGAGUAAACUCCAAGUCCUCUAUAUUUAUUUCUCAAUAAGCCAAGAUCGAGCUGAGAUUUUGCUAAAAGAUGGAAAUUAUUUAGAAACAAUUUCAAAUCUAUUUGUAUACAACAAAUCACUAAAAUGAAAGAAGAUAUGGUAUUAUUCUUGAGUCUCUGCAAUAAAUUUAUGAUCAACUACAAAAACUGCAAUUGAUAAAUAUAAAGACAUCUUGGAGUCAAUAGCAAUUGAUCUGAAAGGGGAUAAUAUUUCUAUAAUAAAUACAGACAGUCUCAACGUAAUCCUCUCAAUUUUGAAUCAAUACAAUAAAGAAGCUGAACUGAAGAAAGCAGUAGACUUUGUUGGAUCCAAGGUUAGCAACCUAAUGGAUAUUUGAAUCAAUUUUUACUCUGAACUGACUCAAAUUAGCGAAAAAUUUGAGGGCCCAAAAACAGAUGGAAUCUGAGAAGAACUUAUUCAUAUUACUUCAGAUAUCAUGUCCAUCUUUAUUGAGUACGAUAAGAAUAGUUAUAUUGAAGAAAUUAUUUCUGAAGAGGUUUUCGAGGGAAUUCUUAAAGCACUUAACAAAUGAAAAACAAAAGGAAAAGUGUUCUCAUUCCUUGCUUGAUUUACUGAAACAUACAGUUGGGAAUUGAGUCGAGAACAUAAUUCCAGUACAUUUCAAACCCAGCAGAAACAAGAUCCAAUAAAAUUGAUAGUUAUAAGCGGAAUCAUACAAGACAACUAUAAUUUGAUCUUUAAAUCCUCAUCUGAAUCUGAGAAGACGCAAUUCAUCAGGUUUCUUACUAAAAUUGUUGCUCAUACAAAUGAAUAUGGCACAAUAGAUCGAGAAUUAAUUAACACAGGAAUUUUCAACUCUUGUAUAGAAACUGAGAACAGUGAUCAGCAUUUCUGAAGAUCAGACGAUUUCAUUCCCUGCAUUUUUCAACACAUCAUACAUAUUACUGAAGAAGAUUGAAUUUCAAAGCUUCUCUUUUCAUCCUUAGAACUAUUGUACACACUACUUCAUUUUGGAGAAAGAAGAACCAACGAAAACUACCAAAACACUCUUGCCUUAAAUUUUCAAGAAAAAGGAGGAAUAGAUGCCUUAGAAAAUCUCCAAACUUACUGCAACAAAUCCAUUUUCACCGCAUGAGUAAAAAUAAUCGAUGACUUUUAUAACUUAAAAUAA